CUAUUGUCUUUACCAAAUUCUUAAAAGCAUAUUAUACAUACUCUAUAUAAAACUACUACAAAGAAUCUAUACUUACACUUAAAUUAUACACAAUAUAUAUCCAUCCAUGGCUGUAUCUAUAUCUAUGUCACACGAUAAGCAUCUCAGAUCUAAUUUUUUUUCCUUUCAUCAUUAGGACUUCAUUCACCUUAAAAUAAAAUUUAUAAAAUAAUAAUUAAAUUCGAUUUUACCUGAUUGAUCGGAAAUCCAUGGCGACGCUACAGAAAUUCAAAAUGUUAGCAACGCAAUGCGCCGUCGCCGGAAGUCCAACACGUAGUCCUUCCACCAGUCCUGUCAUUCACCUCCGUCGCCGUAAAACACUCCGAAUGCUACUCACUCGCGGCGGCGGCGGCGGAAGCCGGCGGUUAGAGGCGGCAACGGAGGAGUUUGUAGAUCGUAGAGGAAACGAUGUUGAUUCAUCGGAAGAUGAUGAUGAUGAUGAGAAGGAUAACGGAGCUCGCCGGAAGUUAAAGGAUUUGUUUGUAUCGUCUCCGUCGCCACCGCAGGAAGAUCACGACGGUGACGGCUGUGAUGAGAUGAAUCUGAUUGGACGGUGCGGCGGUGGCGGUGGUGGUGGUGGUGGAAGAGGAAUUAGGUGUUUGUUGCGGCAGCGGUUACUUAGAAGAGCUUGGAGACCUGUGUUGGUUACAAUACCUGAAUGAUGUGAUAUUUAUUAAAUUUUAGUCUAUUGUUAUUUUUGGAAAGAAUGUAGAGAUGUAUCUAUAAAUAUAUAGUUUAGUGAUUAGUGAUUUCCAGAAAUAUAUAUAUCUACAAUUACAAUAAUUGAAUGGUGUGUUAAACUAGUAGAGUACUGGUAGAUAGUGCUGGUUUUAUGAGAAAAAAUUGGUAAGAAUUAUUAAUGUUCUGCAUUAUAAUAUAAUGUUGAAUUUGUGAUGAA